GUCAGUGCCCCGGCCUGCAGACCACGCCCCCUCAGAUCAGUGUCCUAUCCAUAUGCUAUCCAUCAGGAGAACAGAGGUGUCUCCUCUCCUGUUGCUGUGACUCUCUAACUAAAGACACAUCUGACAGGUGGCCAGGGUUUGUUUAACUUGGGAGAUCUUCUGAAGAUGUUGCCUCAACACCUGAAGCAAAUUCGAGUCCUAAUGCUCAACGAAAAGGAGAAUUUAGAGAGGACCCUGUUCAGACUGGAACAAGGGUUCGAGCUCCAGUUCCGCUUGGCUCCCAGCCUUCAGGGGAAGAGGGUGAUGGUGCACACCAACUAUCCUCUUGAAGGACAGCAGUUUAAACGAAACCUCUUCCAUGUUUUGGCGUGGAGCUACCCAACAGGGAGGAAGGAUGACUCUGAUAAGUUCUGCUCUCUGGACCUCAAGAUUGCUGGGUCCUAUCAGUACUACUUUGGAUAUGGAGCCAUAGAGCGGUCUGGAGGAGGAUACAUCGUGGUGGACCCGGUCCUUCAUGUUGGAGCAGACGAUCACGUCCUCCCUUUGGACUGCAUCACCAUCCAGACCUACCUGUCCAAAUGUCUGGGACACUUAGACGACUGGGCGGACAGACUGAGAGUAGCCAAGGAGUCCGGGUACAACAUGAUCCACUUCACUCCUCUGCAGACUCUGGGAGAGUCCCGGUCCUGUUACUCCCUGGCAGACCAGCUGAGCCUGAACCCAGAGUUCAGCCCUGCUGGAAAGGGCUACAGCUGGGAGGACGUGGGGGUGCUGGUGGAGAAGCUGAAGAAUGAAUGGAACAUGCUGUGUAUUACAGAUGUGGUCUAUAACCAUACUGCUUCUAACAGUGUGUGGAUCAAAGAACACCCAGAGUGUGGGUACAACCUAGUGAACUCUCCCCACCUGCGCCCAGCCUGGGUCUUAGACAGAGCCAUCUGGCAUCUGACCACCAGGAUAGCAGAGGGACGCUACGCCGCUAAAGGACUUCCGGCUGACAUCACCAAGGAGAGCCAUCUGACUGCCAUCCGCAGUGUGUUGUGGGAGGACUUGUUUCCUGAGAUCAAACUGUGGGAGUUCUUCCAGAUCAAAGUGGACCUGGCUGUGGAGCAGUUCAGAACCCUGCUGCUCAACGGCACCAAGCCAGACCAGGGCAAGACUGGGGGGAAGAAGAGCCUGAAGAUCAUUCAGGACCUGAGUUACCGUCGUUAUGGCAACACACUGGACAUGGACUCUGCUCUGGAGACCUUUGUGCCUCACAGCUCCACCCCUCAGCACAUCGAGGAGUGCUGUGGUUGGCUGAAACAGAAACUGGACGCUCUGAAUGAAGAACAGCACCAGAUCAUGCACCAGCAUCAUGAACAGGCUGCCAACUGCAUUGUGGGAAACGUAGUGUAUGAGCAUCUGGCAGACCACGGACCCAAACUCGGUCCUGUUAACAAGAAAAACCCUCUGAUUACCAGGUAUUUCACCUUCCCGUAUGAGGACAUGACUCUGGAGCAGGAGCUGCAGCUGCUGGAUCAGCCAGACAAGACGUGUCACUUCCUGGCCCACAAUGGUUGGGUGAUGGGCGACGAUCCACUGCGGAACUUUGCUGAGCCAGGCUCCAACGUGUACCUGCGCCGGGAGCUGGUGUGCUGGGGGGACAGUGUCAAACUGCGCUAUGGCAACGGGCCCGAGGACUGCCCCUACCUGUGGGCCCACAUGAAGAAAUACACUGAGAUCACAGCCAAGUACUUUAAUGGAGUCAGACUGGACAAUUGCCACUCGACACCUUUACAUGUAGCCGAGUUCCUGCUGGACGCUGCCCGGACAGUGUGUCCUAACCUGUAUGUGGUGGCUGAGCUGUUCACUGGCAGUGAGGAGCUGGAUAAUGUCUUCGUCACCAAGCUAGGGAUCUCAUCGCUCAUACGAGAGGCCAUGUCAGCCGGGGACAGCCAUGAGCAGGGCCGGCUGGUCCACCGCUACGGGGGGGAGCCGGUCGGGGCCUUUGUUCAGCCCAGCCUCCGCCCACUCAUGUCCUCCAUCGCACACGCCAUGUUCCUUGAUGUUACCCAUGACAACGAGUGUCCCAUACAGCUGCGCUCAGCACUGGACUCCCUCCCCAGCUCAGCGAUGGUGUCCAUGGCCUGCUGUGCUACCGGCUCCACCAGAGGAUAUGAUGAGUUAAUGCCACAUCAGAUCUCUGUUGUGAAGGAGGAGCGAUUUUACCCCAAGUGGAACCCUUCAGCAGCCCCCUCCUCUGGCGGUGAGGUUGGACCUCAGACAGGCAUCAUAGCUGGGAAACUGGCCCUGAACAAGCUGCACCAGGAGCUGGCCUCACAGGGCUUCAUCCAGGUGUUUGUGGACCAGGUGGAUGCAGAUGUUGUUGCAGUGACUCGCCACUGUCCCAGCACACACCAGUCUGUGGUGGCUGUGUGCAGGACGGCCUUCUGGAACCCCCAAACACACAAAUACGACACCAACAUCCCACCCAUGUUCAUACCUGGAAAGAUAGAGGAAGUGGUGCUGGAGGCCAGGACAGUGGAAAGGCAUGCUGGGAGUUAUAAGAAGGAUGACAAAUACAUCAACGGCAUGCCAGAGUACACUGUGGAAAUAAAGGAGCACAUAUCGUUACAGGAGAGUACAGUGGUGAAGCAAGCUGUAGUGACUUCUAAAGGUAUAUCAGAGUUUAUGGAGGAAAUCACCUUUCAGAAUUUGACACCUGGCAGCGUCAUCGCCUUCAGGGUUAGUUUGGACCCCAAGGCCCAGAAGCUGGUGGGGAUGCUGAGAUUUUAUCUGACUCAGUUCAGCCCAAAAUACCGGAGAGGCAGUGAAGCAGAUGAACACCUGCCAGAGAUUCUGACCAAACCCCUGGCACAACUGAUGUCCAGGCUGACGUUAGCCGACCUGAACAUCCUGCUUUUCCGCUGUGACGCUGAGGAACAGGAAGAUGGUGGAGGCUGCUACGGGAUCCCAGGAUGGGAGAGCCUCAAAUAUGCUGGACUACAAGGUCUAAUAUCAGUGCUGGCUGACAUCCGUGCCAACAAUGACCUGGGCCAUCCUGUGUGUGGCAACCUCAGACAAGGGGACUGGCUCAUAGACUUUGUCGCCAACAGACUGACACGCAGAGAGGGACCACUGCAACAGAUUGGUCAGUGGUUGGCAGCCAUGUUUAACUACCUGAAACACAUCCCACGCUACCAUCCCUGUUACUUUGAUGCCAUACUGGUGUCCACCUACACUACCGCUCUGGACGCAUCUCAGAAACUCAUGUCCAGUUUCGUGCAGAAUGGCUCCAGCUUCGUGCGUUACCUGGCACUGGGGUCCGUUCAGAUGUGUGGCGUUGGAGACCUGCCUGUCCUCCCUCCCCUUUCUACGAAACUUGACAACGUUCCCUACCGCGUCAGUCCAGUCACAGGCCAGAAGGAGCAGUGCUGCGUCUCAUUGGCUGCAGGUCUGCCUCAUUUCUCCUCUGGGAUUUUCCGGUGCUGGGGCCGAGACACUUUCAUCGCCCUCAGAGGACUGAUGCUGCUCACUGGGAGACACAUCGAGGCUCGCAACAUCAUCCUGGCAUUUGCGGGCACGUUGCGUCACGGUUUGAUCCCCAACCUGCUGGGUGAGGGUCGCUGUGCUCGCUUCAACUGCCGUGACGCUGUGUGGUGGUGGCUGCAGUGCAUUCAGGACUACACUUCCCACGUUCCUCAGGGGCAUGAAAUCCUUCAGUGCCCUGUUACACGCAUGUACCCUACUGAUGACUGUGAACCUCUGACCCCUGGAGAAGUGGAGCAGCCUCUGUAUGAUGUGAUCCAGGAGGCUCUGCAGCGCCACCUACAGGGAAUUUCCUUCAGAGAGAGAAACGCUGGACCCAAGAUAGACAUGCACAUGAAAGAUGAAGGGUUCAACGUGGAGGCGAAGGUGGAUCCAGAUACCGGAUUUGUGAGCGGAGGAAACCGCUUCAACUGCGGCACAUGGAUGGAUAAGAUGGGAGAAAGUGAGAAGGCAAAGAACAAAGGCAUGCCCGCUAGCCCAAGGGACGGAGCAGCAGUGGAGAUCGUUGGUCUCAGUAAGUCAGCUGUCCGCUGGGUGGUGGAGCUCCAUGUCAAAGGAGUGUUCCCUUAUGACGGAGCCAAAGUACACAGAGAUGGUAAUGAGGAGUUCCUCUCGUACUCCCAGUGGAACCAGCAGCUGCAGCAGACCUUCGAGGCAGGGUUCUGGGUGUCCGGGGACCCAGGUGACCCCAAUGAGAAGCAUGCUGACCUGGUGCACAAGAAAGGCAUCUAUAAGGACAGCUACGGGGCCUCCAACGCCUGGUGUGACUACCAGCUGAGACCCAACUUCACUAUAGCCAUGGUGGUGGCCCCCGAGCUGUUCACAGUGGAGAAGGCCUGGUUGGCCCUUGAGAUGGCUGAGAAGAAACUGCUGGGCCCGCUGGGAAUGAAGACGCUGGACCCCGAUGACAUGGUGUACUGCGGUGUCUAUGACAACUCUCUGGACAACGACAACUACAACCUGGCUAAAGGCUUCAACUACCACCAAGGCCCAGAGUGGCUGUGGCCUGUAGGCUACUUCCUGCGUGCUAAACUCUACUUUGCCAAGAAGCAGGGAGAAGAAAGCUACGAUAAAACAGUCACCAUGGUGAAGAAUGUUCUGUCACGGCAUUACACCCACCUGGAGAGGUCUCCAUGGAAGGGUCUGCCUGAGCUGACCAAUGAGAACGGUCAGUUCUGUCCCUUCAGCUGUGAGAGCCAGGCCUGGUCUCUGUCUACCGUGCUGGAGGUCCUCUUCGACCUCUGAAGCCCCCCCAACGUCACGCAGCAGUCCCACUUCCUGCAGCAGAAUAGUUGUGCUGAAGAUUGACUGAAGAAGAGAGUCCCCUAAACCCAGAGCUUGCCUUGAGUAGAAACACUGACGCAGCAACACUGUCUUCAGUGUCAGUCCACUGUUGUUAGGGUUACCAGUGAGACAGAUCAUCUGGGAGCUCCAUCCUGUUUCAACUACCCUGCACUGAUAGGGAGAGUGUGUAUUAGAGCCUGAGUCCACAUAGCAUCUUCUUCUGGAAGGGCGCUGUGCAGAGCCUCCUCCCCCCUUUUAAUCAAGAAAAAAACCGUCCUGGCACUGAUGUUUCUAUGACAACCAUAUCUUGAUAGUGUACCAGCGAUGUUGUUUGGCAAACUCGCUUUGCCCCCUUGUUCUCAAUGAACUAUUGAAGCUACUAUAUAUGUGUUUCACCAUUACAGGCAGCCAGAAGAUGCUUACUCUCACACUUUGUAUUAUUGAGCCUUGUUAAUCAGUCUGACAGCCGGCUUAGCUGCUUCUAACUCCCUUGACUGAAUAAAGUUCAAUUCAGGAUCAUGUUUACCAUCUCUCCCCGAUCACAUACAAGCAGCAAGAGCAUCAUUUCAAACAAUAUUUAAUAUUCUCUAAUGUUUUGAAUAAAAUAAGAGAGUAGCCCAGCACUUUAGUGUUGAUAUGCACUUAAUAUCAUAUCAUAGAGCAGAACUUGCAUAAUAAGUCCCUCGUAGUCAGCUCCACGUGUGAGAAGAUGCUACAGCUUUAUCACAGCAGCAUUUCCUUCAAUAAAAACCCUUCAGUUCGGUGUCCGACUGGUGCAAAUGCACUUUAAUGUCCCAAGACAUUUCCAUAAGGAGAAACGCGCUGCAGCCUCAAAAACAAUGCACAUUAAAAAACACAAAUGUGCCAAAACACGUGCAGAUGAAGAAAAAACGUCACCAACUUGCGCAGCGUUUAAUAAAAGCGCUGCAUAAACAAAACACUGCAAAUACAAAACACAGCAAGAAGCUCGAAACAACAGAAACCAGGGGACACUAAAAAGUGACGCACACAGCUGGGAUCGGAGCGCUUGGUGACGUUGUGUUGUUAUAUUCGCAUCGUUCAAGUAUUUUGGUAUUCAGUUUUUGAAGCUGCAGCUCGUUUCUCCUAAUGAAAAUGUUUUGGGCCGUUGUAAAGCGUUUGCACCCGUCAGCCUGCGUACUUUAGAGCAUAAAACAAUGAAUAUUUUGCAUAUGAUUGUCAAGCUUUUCCCCAUUUUGCCACAUUUUUCCUACAAGCUUUAAUAUGUUAGAUAUCAUCUGUCUCCGUGUAGAGAUAUUCAAACAGCAGUUCUGUGCAUGAACAGUGGUCCGUGUGUGACACGCUGCAGCGCUCUGCUGGGGGCUUCCACUGUCUGUACCCAACGAGGAGACAUGGAAUAUGAGCCAAGUCUUUCUGAUAUCACUUGGAUUUCAUUGUCAAUGUUUGUGUGUAAAAGUAAAGCAUAUGUAGUCUCUAGCCUAAACAUGCUUCUAACAUGUAGAACACGACAUCACCCAGUGUUACAGUAUGUAGGAUGUACCGUUUCUUUGUUAAAGCGUCUAACCCAAGGGAUUAUAUCCUCUAAAAAAUAUUCACAUUAAAGAGUUGUUAGCUUUUAUUUAGAGUUGUACUUGUGUUCAUCUUAACAAAGCCAUUUACAGUGCCCUUUAGAACCAAGGUUAGCCUGUGCCAUGGCUGGUUUAAUACAGAGGGAUGAAAUCUAUCCGACAAACAGACAUCACAAUCAUGAACAUAUGUACUGUACUGAUACUACGUUACUGCAUUAACGUCCCCCCCUCCCACCGUGUGUACCUGCUCCAUUAUCAGUGUGGGUUUUCUGUGUCAUGUUGGAAUGCCUGUUUGCAGUGUUACAGUAGCAAUGCUGAAUAAACUGUUACAGGUCAUG